GCACAGUGCUGCUGCAGCCCUCACACAGUCCUGGAUAAGUCCUGGGGUCUCUUCUUCUUUCUUCUGCUACCAUGAGCCGCAUCUACAACCACCAGCUACCUCAGCUGGGCAAUGACUUGUCCAGGCCACCCCUGGUCUACCUCUAUGGAGCAGACAGGACACUCAUGCCCACCUUGGGAUUUGCCUCUACCAGUGUCAUCACCAGGCAGGAGCUACCCCAGAAGCCACCUUACAGCUACAUCGCCUUAAUAGCCAUGGCCAUAAAGGACUCUCCAGACCACAAGGUGACCCUCAAUGGCAUCUACCAGUUCAUCAUGGACCGUUUCCCUUUCUACCACGACAACAAGCAAGGAUGGCAGAACUCUAUCAGGCACAACCUGUCCCUCAAUGACUGCUUCAUCAAAGUGCCAAGAGAGAAGGGGAGACCGGGGAAGGGCAGCUACUGGACCCUUGACCCCAAGUGUCUGGACAUGUUUGAAAAUGGCAACUUUAGACGUAGGAAAAGAAAACAAAAAAACCUUCUUUCUCAGGAAUCCAAGAGGUGUAAAGAAGAAGCAACAGAAGACGUGGAGGAGUCUUCAGGGGAAGGACAACCUACCUACCAGAGGUCAGUGAUUAAGGGUCCUUACAAGGAGCAGGGCUCUGACUGCAGGAAGGACAGUGUUGGGGAACUGUCCACUUCAGAUGAAGAAGGGAACUCUAUAGAAGUGAGCAGAGAUUGCAGUCACCCACAGAUGACCUCUGUCACUUUCAUGGACAAUUCACAGACACCCGGAUGCUCCACUUCCUUCUACUUAUCUGUGCCUCUACUUACUGACAAGGGGACAUUAUCUGUAGCCAAGGAUGUGGGAAACAAGGCCCCUCAGGAGGAGGAAAGACCACUGAAGAGCGAGCAAGAUCUGGGGUCAGACGAGCACUUAGAAGAUGCCAGCACCGAGGGACCAGGAGCGCAGACCCAACAUCAUCAUCACCUUCAGCCAAAGUCUCCAGAACAAGCACCACCAAAGCACCCCAAAAGCUUCAGCAUAGACAGCAUCCUGAGCCGGGGAAGUAGGGGUACAGGGGUGUCUAAGCUGACUGUGGACUGUAUGUCUGGCAGCUGUAGGUAUAACCCCAGCAUCUGCCCUGUGUUUAAUGCCUCUGUGAUGAUCGACUCUCAGGUACAGGGGAGAUUCUACCACAUUGGGGUUCCCAUCCUCUCCUAUCUGCCUGUGACUCUGACAGAAUCCGGCAUACCUAAAUAAGAACAAGAAACUGUCUUUUGUUUAGACACCUUGGACAUUUCUGGGACUAGUAGUUCUUCUGAGCCUAUGAUAUCAUGCUUUACUUUUAUUUGACUUUAUAGUUAAGUACAUGUGGGGUUUUACCCAGACACAUUCCUCUGGGUCAGUGUUUGA